ACCUGUGUGCAUACUAAUAAGACGCUGCAUAAGAAGCCCAAAGGGGAGGCAUCGUCUGCUCAGUGUGGAGAGUCCCAGCAGAGAAGAUUCAUCAUGGUCGAUGCAUUCUGUGCCACAUGGAAGCUGGUGGACAGCGACAACUUUGACGAGUACAUGAAAGCUCUGGGCGUGGGCUUCGCCACCCGGCAAGUGGGCAAUGUGACCAAGCCCACGGUCAUCAUCAGCCAGGAGGGCGACAAAGUGAUGGUCCGCACUCAGAGUACCUUCAAAAACACCGAGAUCUCCUUCAAGCUGGGCGAGGAGUUCGAUGAGACUACCGCCGAUGACAGGAACUGCAAAUCCACAGUCAGCAUGGACGGAGACAAGCUGGUCCACGUCCAGAAGUGGGACGGCAAGGAGACCAAAUUCGUGAGGGAAAUCAAGGACGGCAAAAUGGUCAUGAACUUAAGCUUCCAGGACAUCCACGCCGUGCGCACCUACGAGAAAGCAUAGGCCACGCCCCCAUCCAGCCAUGGAGAGGAAGUGUUGACUUCUUUGUUUUUUUUUAUCUCUACUGCUUGUCUUCACACUUCUUCAUCUUUUUCCUCUCGCAGGCAACACUUUUUUUUUUAAGAAUUUCUUUUUUAUAUGAAAACAUUUUGAAUGACUCGUCAUGGCAACAUUAAAUAAAACACAGAGGGAGAA